UUGAAAACUCAGACCCAUUUGACAUUUGUCAAAAUAGCAGAACUUGGUCAGCGUCAAGGAGCCCAAACCAGCUUCAAGCUUUCCUUCCACCAAGAAACUUUGUCCCUCCUCCUCCUCCUCUUCUUCUUCUUCUUCAUUGCCGGUGCCGGCUCUCUUUAAUAUUCAAUUCCCUGCAUUGUAUGUCUCAAUUUUUAAAUUUAUCAAUACCCAAUUGCAAUAUUUCUUCCUUUUUCUUGUCUUUUUUCCCUAAUCUUUCUUGGAAAUCUCCUCCUCUUUAUAUGAACCCACAUCAUUAUUACCUCUAUGCAUUUCCCCUGUUUUGUUUCCAUUUUCUAUUUCUGUUCAAAGAGAACAAAAAGAAGAAGUUUCUUCUUCUUCUUCUUCUUCUUCAUCUUUUGCCACUACAAUGGCUUUUAAUGGUUUUCACAGGCACCCACUUGGUUAUGUGCUAGUAAUUGGGAUAUUUGCUCUCAGUGUGAGUGCCAUUGAUAUCUUUCUUGAAUGGAAUGUGACCUUGGAUUCCACAAUCCAACCUGUUUCUCAGCAGCAGCCUGUCAUUGCCAUUAAUGGGUUGUUCCCAGGACCUCUGAUUAAUACCACAACAAAUGAUUUUGUCCAUGUAAAUGUCUUUAACAAUUUGGAUGAGCCUCUUCUUUUUACAUGGAAUGGGAUACAACAAAGGCUAAACUCAUGGCAAGAUGGAGUUUCUGGAACAAACUGUCCAAUUUUGCCUGGUUCAAAUUGGACUUAUGUGUUUCAGACCAAGGACCAAAUUGGCAGUUUCUUCUACUUCCCAUCAAUCAACUUUCAGAAGGCAGCCGGAGGAUUUGGACCGAUUCGUGUCAACAACCGGAACGUGAUCGCUGUUCCCUUCCCAAAACCUGAAGAUGAGUUUGAUCUUCUCAUUGGUGAUUGGUCUUUUGACAACUACAAGAUAACCAGAUCCAUGAUGACCAAUCCGAUAAUUGCAUUUGAUAGCAUCCCAAACAUCAUGUUAAUGAAUGGGAAGCCACCUUUUGGCAACACUGAAGGAAAAGCCUUUGAAUCAUUCACUGUCACACAAGGGAAGGUUUACAGGUUCAGGAUAUCGAACGUGGGGACAAGUUUGAGUUUCAACUUCAGGAUUCAGAACCAUAAUAUGUUGUUGGUUGAGACAGAAGGAUCUUACACCAAUCAAACCAUAUUAGAUUCACUGGAUGUUCACGUGGGGCAAUCCUAUUCCGUUCUUGUUACCGCUAAUCAGGUCGAUGCUGAUUAUUUCAUUGUAGCAUCUCCUAAAUUGCUGAAUGCCACCGAAUUUAGCAGCCUCGUCGGUGUUGGAGUGCUACACUAUUCCAAUUCUGCUGCACAACCCAUUGGCCCUCUACCAACUGGUCCUGAUCCAUUCGACCUUGACUUCUCAGUAAAUCAAGCAAAAUCGAUUAGAUGGAACAUGACCACAGGAGCUGCAAGACCAAAUCCACAAGGAACCUUCAAUGUAACAAAUGUGACCUUAUCACAAACUUUCAUUCUCCAAAACUCUGUGGGCAUGAUUAAUGGAUUACCACAAGCUGUUGUCAACAACGUGUCUUACCUCACAAUUGAUACCCCGUUGAAGCUCGCAGAUCUCUUAGUCAAUGGUUCCGGGGUGUACCAACUUGAUGAGUUUCCUGUUCAAUCUGUCAAUCUUAAUGCUUCUUUUGGAGUCUCUGUUGUCACUGGAGACCACAAAGGUUGGAUAGAAAUUGUCCUUAAGAACAACUGGGAGUUUAUAGAUUCUUGGCAUCUAGAUGGUUUUGGGUUCUAUGUUGUCGGGUUUGGAAAUGGAGAUUGGACGCCGGAAUUGCGUGACACAUACAACCUGCUUGAUCCGGUUGUGAGAUCAACGGUACAGGUUUAUCCAGGGGGAUGGACCGCAGUUUAUGCUUUCCUAGACAACCCAGGAAUGUGGAAUUUAAGGUCACAACUUUUGAAAAACUGGUUUUUAGGCCAAGAGCUUUACCUAAGAGUUCAUGACAGUGAUCCUAACCCGGCUAAGGAGCGGCCACCUCCUGCAAAUCUCCUCCUUUGUGGAAUUUUCAAUCAAUCAUCUGUCCCAGCUAGCGCACACCUCCGACCGUGAUUGUGUGACAGUGAUUAAGAAGACUCAUUAAAGCUAUUACUUUUGGUUUGAAUACUGUCUGAUAAGUCCUAUGAGACCUGCAACAGGGGGAAAUUCUGUACCUUUAUUAUUUUACUCACUUUGUCUGUGACAUAUAUACUGUAGAAGUUGUGGUUUGUUCUGGUCACAUUUCUUACUGUGCAACUAGCGAAGUCACAGUAUAUAUUGAUUCAUUAAUUUUCUUUUA